UGAUACUGAAAAUCGAUUGACCACUUCCCAGAACACGUGAUGAAUCGCCAAGGAGCAGCAAUCACGCCUUGUCACACAAGGCCACUCCUCAGAGAGUUGCUCUCCAGACUCUCCUUACUGGCUGAUCGGUGGCACACAUGAGAUGGAACCUCGACCUUGGACUUGGAGGCCUCUCUAUAUCCGUACCAUUGACCUAUUAUCCAUUCGUGGGUCGUGAUAGAAUCCAUACACGCACUACCAUAGGGUACCUAGUAUCGCCGUCGAUCAUAACGCGCUAACAUAUGUGCCAAUUUAUAGCGCUGCUGACUAACCCAACAUUUUCCAUUUUCGAGGCGACUGAGCGGGCCCGGCGUCUUCCAAAAAUUCCCACGGCCUAUCCCAUUCUUUGGCAGCUAUGUCGAAGACUGAGACACCCACCCAGGAAGAUGCAUGGGCGAUAAGAAAAGAAGAGCGCAGGAAGAGGAAGGAGCUCAAGGAGAAGCAGAAGCGCGAGAAGGGCAAUGCUGAGGGAGAUGCGAAGAAGUCAGACAGCAAGAAGCGGAAGCGCGAGGCCCUCCCCGAAGAGCUGGAAAUCAAGGUGGACCUCCCGGAGCCGCCGUCCAAGAAGGAACUACGCAAUGCGAAGAAACUCAAGGAGAAUUCGAAAUCCGCUGCGUCCGAGUCCAUCAGCCGCGAACCGAGCGCGAAGAAGCCGAAGACAGACAACAAUGAAGAGGAGCAGAAGGCUGGAAAGCGCUCCGAGUACGGAGUGUGGAUCGGAAACCUACCAUGGUCCGCUACCAAAGAGACGCUGCGAAAGUUUCUGACGGAAAAUUCGGACAUCACCAACGAGCAAAUCACCCGCGUGAACAUGCCCGCCCCCACAAAACCUCCGAAUCCCAACUGGACCACGAAGCCGCUCAACAAAGGGUUUGCGUACGUUGACUUUUCCGACCAAUUGUCCAUGUACUCCGCGAUAGCUCUGACGGAAACGAAAAUGGAUGGAAGGCCGCUUCUCAUCAAGAACGCCAAAAGUUUCGAGGGUCGCCCCGAGAAGCCCAAGACAGAUGAAACCGCAGAGAGUGGGAAGAAAGGGAAGGAAGGCAAACCGCCCAACAAGCGGGUUUUUGUCGGGAACUUGGCUUUCGAUGUGACAAAGGAGGACUUGACUCAACAUUUCAGCCAGUGCGGUGAUAUUGCAGAUAUUCACAUGGCCACGUUUGAGGAUUCUGGGAAGUGCAAGGGCUAUGCGUGGAUUACGUUUGAGUCAAUAGACUCCGCGGCAUCGGCAGUGAAGGGCUUCAUUUACAAGGAGUCAGCUAAGGACGAUGCAGACGAGUCGGAAGAGGAAGGAGCCGGGAAAUCGAAGAAGGUGAAGUGGUUCGUCAACAGGUUAAUGGGGAGGGACCUUCGUUGCGAGUUUGCGGAAGACUCCACCACCAGAUACAACAAGCGAUAUGGGAAGGAGAAGCAAGCCGACAUGGAGGGCGUGCACCCGGAGCGUAUACGGCGCCUGGGUGGAGAGGACCGACCGCAGCGAGGACGUCAGGGCAAGCAACCUCGAGAGAAAGGACCUCGGGGCAAAGUAGACUCUCGAUCGAUCAAGUCUGGCGCUGCCCAUACGAAUGCACCCAGAGGCCCGCAAGGGAUUGUUGAAGCUCGGGGUACGAAGAUCACAUUUGACUAAGAAAAUCCGCAUUGAGCAGAGGUUUUCGAUCGUUCAUAGCUUUAUGAUACCCAUGAUGGCCAUACUAUGGUUCUCUGAGACAUGUCGAUCGUAGCUGUGAAGCAUUGGGUCAAGUUGUCUUUCAGCACACGAUACUCAUACUUUCCGUAAAUUCCGGUGGGCAUCACAACUA